UGGAGAAUUCCGAGGCACGUCUUUCCGUCAGCUUCGAGCGAUGAGAGAUGCAGUCCUGGACAGUGAAAGCCCAUAUGAAUAGGGAGGCACGAAAAUCAUUACCAAGCCGGGGUUUAGAUAUACUGGCAGGCAGCAUACGCAACAUUAUAGUGAUGGAGCGCAUUUCUUCCUUGGUGCGUGGUUCUUCGUUGUUAUCGUGCUCCCUCCUUUGGUCCUCUUUGGUGCUACAUAAAUUAUUCCAGUUUUGUUGACGAGACUUUUCAUCUUGAGUAGAUUAUGUCACAUUCUCACCUGUCACGAUACUGGUUUAAAACCACCUUCAAAUAGAAACACAUCUCUUCUAGAGACAUAUACUGUACUCCAUACUGGUGCACUACGCAGAGCUGCGGGUUUGAUUAAAAAAGGGUGUUUUCAAUUUUGGAAGAUUAUUUAAUUACUCUGCCAUUAGAUUAAUUAUUUUGCCACCAGUACAGCAGAUGUAAUUUGUGACUCGACCAUGACUUUUAAUACCUC